ACGGGGACGGGGACGGGGACGGGGACGGGAACCGGGACGGGAACCGGGACGGGAACCGGGACGGGAACCGGGACGGGAACCGGGACGGGAACGGGAACAGGAACAGGGACCGAUGACACGAACAUUUGCUCACUGUCCAAGGUCGACGGAAUGCUAAAGUUCGGAGACGAAAUCUUCAUAUUUCUGGAAAGUCAAUUUUGGCGCUGGAAUAUAGUUACUGGCAGCAAAAGUGGACCUUAUCCAAUAAACAGUCAAUGGCCGGAUUUGCCCGAUUCGAUUGACGCUGUGUAUCGAAAACCGAACGAUGGACCUCUUGUGUUUUUCAAAGGUACCCGAUAUUGGAUGUUUUCGGGAGAAAGGCUAAUGGCAGGUUAUCCGAAGCAAGUGAGUACAUUGGGUCUUCCUGCGGAUGCCAACUUUAAGAUGGAUGCCGCGCUUAAUUGGCUGCGAUCCAAGAACAGGAAGCGUACUUACUUUUUUGUAGGAGAACAGUUUUAUAGG